UGUGGGAAAGCGAAGUGGGGGAGAGAGAGAGAGAGAGAGUUGGCCGUGCCUUGAAGUCUCAUCAUCGUGCAUGCAUUUCGUGCGCUUUGCUUUGCAUGCACACACGCCUCCUCCUCCUCCUCCUCCGGCAAGACCUCGACUCGCCGGUUCAGCUCUCUGGUCGCCGAAAUCUGAAACCUCUGAUCUAGAAACCUCUCCGGCUCGAUUCCCGCAAAUUUCCCGAUCGGAGCUCCACAGGUCGGGGACUGAUCAAAAAAAGCAGACUCUUAGAUGAACGAUGGCCCUCCGUCUCUUUGUCUCAAAUCGUAUACGAUAGUGAAGUAGUUUUGCUACGUUUACAGAGAUAUGCAGCAUAUUAAGGCUAGCUCUAUUUUAGUCUGUUUCUCUUCGCGUAAUCGACCACUUGUAUUGGUGAAAUCUUGGAAAAUGAGUAUUUAGGGAUUUUAGUUUUGGUCUUUUUCUCCGAUUGGAUUGAUUAUCGUGGAAUUGACUGAAUAGUUUUUGGGGAAAAUGUCGUCGAAGAUUUGCAUGAAUGUACUGUGCGAGGCCUCCACGUCGAUUCAAUGGGGAAAAGGGUGGGCUCUGCGAUCCGGCGAAUUCGCUCUUCUCUGUGAUAAGUGCAGGUCUGCGUAUGAGCAAUCGGUUUUCUGUGACGUGUUUCACUCAAAGGAAUCUGGUUGGAGGGAGUGCGCUUUAUGUGGCAAGCGUCUCCAUUGUGGGUGCAUCGCUUCCAGUUCUCUUCUUGAGCUGCUUGAUUGUGGUGGCGUAAGCUGUAUAAACUGUACGAAGAAUUCAGGAAUUGUCCCUAUUUCAAGCAAUGAAAAGCCUAAUGGAUCUGGCACACCCAAAGCUGAUAAUGUCAAUGGACUGCGUUCCACUUCUGUGGACGACCAACUGGAUGGAAGUAGUAUUGAUAAAAUGAAGCUUAUGCAAUUGAGCAAUAAUACAGAGGGUAAUGGGCUCAGGCACUUGCUUCAAUCUCAGAAUGCUGACACAAAUGGGUCAUUUGGGAAAUUGAAACAGGAGGAAGUUUUGCCUUCCGUUGGAGAAAUUGGAAGCACAUUCUCAAAUUUUAGUCACGCAUGCAAUGGAUCGUCCAAUACCACCAAAUCAGACAUGUAUAACACAAAUAUGGGAACAAAAGAUGUAUAUGAAUCACUGCCACAUACAAAUUUGAGUAUGACUCUGGGUACUCCAGGAAAUUCAAAUUCCCUUCCUAGUGCUGUUGUCGAUGAAAGGGAAAGUAGCAAGAUGUCCUCUUCAUUCCUACAGGGGCCCAGGUCUCGCCAUCUUUUGCCAAAACCCCCAAGGUCAGCCCUUGCAGGAGGUUUGGAGGCAAAUGCUGGCGCGGUUUCUCAGAUACGUGUUGCAAGGCCACCUGCUGAAGGACGGGGAAGGAAUCAGUUGCUUCCUCGCUAUUGGCCAAGGAUUACAGACCAAGAGUUACAGCAAAUAUCUGGAGAUUCGAAUUCCACAAUUGUGCCAUUGUUUGAAAAGAUGCUGAGUGCCAGUGAUGCAGGUCGAAUUGGUCGUUUGGUUCUCCCAAAAGCCUGUGCAGAAGCAUAUUUUCCUCCUAUCUCUCAACCAGAGGGCCUUCCUCUUAGGAUUCAAGAUGUGAAGGGAAAAGAAUGGGUGUUUCAGUUCAGAUUUUGGCCUAAUAAUAACAGCAGAAUGUAUGUUUUGGAGGGGGUAACGCCCUGCAUACAGUCAAUGCAGUUGCAAGCUGGAGAUACAGUAACUUUUAGCCGUAUGGAUCCUGAAGGAAAACUUAUUAUGGGCUUCCGGAAAGCUUCAAGCUCUGUUGCAAUUCAGGACAACUAUCCAUCUGUCAUUCCAAAUGGCGCUCAUUCAAGUGAAACAUUGUUUUCGGGUGUUUUUGAGAACCUACCUAUAAUAAGUGGUUACUCUGGCCUUCUUCAGUCAGCUAAGGGAAGCACGGAUCCCCACUUAAAUGCACUGUCCAAACACUUGAGUUCAACAGCUGGUGAUGUUAGCUGGCACAAGUCUGAGAAGCAUGAAGAUAGGACAAGGGAGGGCUUUCUGCUGCCUUCAGUAUUAGCGCCAGAAAGAAAAAGGGCACGAAAUAUUGGGUCCAAAAGUAAGAGGUUGCUCAUUGAUAGCCAAGAUGCUCUGGAGCUGAAACUUACGUGGGAAGAGGCACAGGAUUUGCUCUAUCCACCUCCCACUCUUAAGCCAAGCAUUGUGAUGAUUGAGGACCACGAAUUUGAGGAGUAUGAUGAACCUCCAGUUUUCGGAAAAAGAAGUAUUUUCGUUGCCCGUUCAACUGGGGGACAAGAGCAAUGGGCUCAGUGUGAUAGUUGCUCCAAAUGGCGAAGGUUGCCAGUUGAUGUACUUCUUCCUCCUAAGUGGACAUGUGCAGACAAUAAUUGGGACCAAAGCAGGUGUUCAUGUUCUGCACCAGAUGAAUUGAACCCCAGGGAACUGGAACAUCUUCUCAGACUGAACAAAGAAUUCAAGAAAAGGAGAAUAGUAACAAGCCAUAGGCCAAACCAGGGGCAUGAAUCUUCUGGCCUGGAUGCUUUGGCUAAUGCUGCCAUUCUAGGAGACGGUGCCAGUGACCCAAGCACUCCAUCAGUUGCUACCACAACGAAACACCCCAGACAUCGUCCUGGCUGCACCUGCAUUGUGUGCAUCCAGCCCCCUAGUGGGAAGGGCAAGCACAAGCCUACAUGUACAUGCAAUGUGUGCAUGACAGUUAAACGCCGCUUUAAAACCCUAAUGAUGCGCAAAAAAAAACGUCAAUCAGAGCGGGAAGCAGAGAUCGCCCAGAGAAAUCAGCAUACAUGGGGCUCUAGGGAUGAAGCAGAAGUAGACAGCAAUUCUAGGCAUGCAUCAUCGCACAUUGAUCCUUCAGAGAAUGAAACUAGGUCAGGAAAUGAGUUAGAAUCCAAGAGCCCAAGCAAAUUGGCUGAAACUGGCAAGGGACAAUUAGACUUGAAUUGCCAUCCUCAACGCGAGGAAGAACUGCAAAUGGGAUCAAAACGUGUGAGCAUGAUAGGUCUUCUUGAAAUAGCAAGCCUUCCCCUGGAGACAUAUCUGAAGCAGAAUGGUCUUACAAGCUUGAUCACUGAGCAACAAGCAAGUUCAGCAUCACAUGUUCCGCCACAACCCACAAAUGAGAAUGAGGGACAAUUUAAUGAUUGCUGUUUAUCUGCUGUUCAAGAGCGAGAAGGUGGGGGCGAAGAGUACUGUGGACCAGAUCAAAGCCAAACUGAUGCGCAAUCAUGAAGUUUCAAGUAGUGCUAUACCUCAUACUUUUAUGGCAUUUUUAUUUCACUUUGUUGAUGUGGCAUUGCUAAUUAGUCAUUGGAUCAGUUCUUUUUUCACAAAAAUAACAAAUAAAUUCAAGGACUGAUUGGCAGCCACAUCAGCAAAGUGUGAUAAAUGUGUGGUAUAUAGCAUUUCUCUGAAGCUUCCGUUUCUUUUCGAACCUUUUAUUUUUGUUGCUUGCCUGUCGGAUACUCAGUAAUUUAUAGCUCUUCCUCCGGUUUGCAAUAUGUUUCUUUUGUUCAGUGGGUGGAUGUGCAUUUUCUUUUCUUAUAUAAUUUGUAAUAUAUACACAUAAUUCUUUUAAAAAAUUUUGAUGAGUUGUAUACAGAGGCUUUCUCGUA